UUUGAAGACUACAUCAAAGGCAGUCACUGUGAAUAAUAUUGCUGCCUGCAAAUAUUUAGUAUAAGCGUACUGUUAAUGAUGUUGAUGGAAAAGAAAAACUUUAGUUUGCCUUAAAAUUUUACAGUUGUCCAAAUCAUGUGUCAGGCCACAGCUUCCCAACAGGGCUACUAUCAUUAUGAUGCCGUAGUGCUCCAGUGUGACAAGUCACAAAGUUCUACAGAUGUCUCAAGGUAUAGGGUGUCUGCACAGUGCACACUACACAACGCCAACCAAAGGUGUGCGUGCACACACACACACACACGCAUCAUGUGUGUCGAGAUUGCCAUCUUGGAUUGCUCUUGUUUACAUUGCUUCCAGCUGUAACACUGGACUCAAGAUGAGUCAGAGAAGAAUCCCUCCACUGCUUAAUGGGCCGAGUCAAUGCCUACCUCAUUUGGUCGCUGAGGACAGAGAAACAAUGAAAUCUGCCCCCGUGCCUUGGAGUCACUCCAUGAGGAGAUGGGCUGAAGCCAACAUGGACAAUUUGAGCCUUGAGCUUGUGCCAGAUGUGGUGCAGCUGCAGUCGAGCUGUAGCUCCAGGCCAAAGACAAAAGAGACCGAGCCCUCGGUAUUUGAGCAUACUCCCCAGGGGUCACCCAGCAACCCCCCUGGAAGCAAAGAGAUGCCCACUCAGACAAAACAGCACACAGGCUUUAAGCAGAGUGAAUCUUGCAGAACCAGAGGGUUUGUCGGGACUGCUAGGAAGAAGUGCCCCAGCACUGCUCCUGUGUGGCCUGGUUCUGUUGGAGGCUGUUAUGGUUUGGGCAUAGGCUCAAAGACAGAGGAGAACCAGGGCCAUCCUUCAAGGCCUCAGGUAGCACCUACAUCUGAAGGACACCUCCUUAACAGCAUGUGCAAACCAGCAACAGCGCCAUGCCAACCAACCAACUCUGAUCCUUUUGCCAUGUACGAGAGGUGGGCUAAAGCAUGGGAGGAAAGAGGGCAAAUAGGGAUCUUUCUUAAGACAGCUACGACCCUUGAGCUUGUGGCGAGGAAGAUUGGAACACCAAGACCUCCUCCAGCCGAUAUAUUACUUCAAAAUGAAAACACCAGGGCUGGUAAAGAAGAGGCAAGAAAGGACAUGUGUUCUCAGAGCAGCAAACACAUGGAAGCCCCCCCUCUAAUUUCUAAAAGACAGUUGGCUUGUCAAGGACAGAAAUACCAACUAAUAGGAAGUCCUUUAGAAAGACACAGGGAAGUCAUGCUACCAGGUAUGGCAAAGAGAACAAGUCAAUAGUGCAUAGAAGACGAGCUAGGAAUUGAGAAACAUUAGGGGGCUUGAAGCCAAUAUUGGAGAGCUGAGGGGCAGGGAAAUAUUACAUUUCUCAAGCAGCAAUUGAAGAGCAACAGAGGAGAAAUGAGAGAGACUGCGAUCACCAAUCACCAUCAGAUCAGAACUGCCAUCAUAUUUAUGCUUUGUUUGAGAAGCUCCAUGUGGCUGAUGAGCAUCAUGGCAACCACAUAUUGUGUGGGACAGGUGGGCUGCAAACAGGGGAAGAAUUGUCUAUUUGAUGAUCAUCAUCCGAGUCUGGCGGAACAAGAUCUCGCAGGCCUUGAGGAAUAGCCUGAUAAACCAGACCAAAUGUGAGAUUGGAGGAAGCUAUUUUGCCUUAAAGGUGCUCGUCCACACUUGCUGCCCCAUAGCCCAGAAUGUUGGCUUCCACAAAGAAUUCUAUUGGGUCCGAUAUCUGGAGUUUUUCUUUAAGAAUACAAUGAGAGAACAAAUAAAAUAAAAAAUUGGAAAUGAAAAACUGAAAAAUUAAAA